UCAUGUGUCAUGCGUAAAAACACAGUUACAGGCCACCGAAAUUUUUGAUUCUCUGUGAUGUGAAAAAAUUAUAAUGAAUAUUUUAAAGUAAGAGUAUUUUUUAAUAAAAAACCAUGAGUGUAACACACAAACUUGACGACCUCGUGCAAUCUGUGUCUUUGUAUACUCGAAUUCCGUUAUUAUUUCAUCUCUAUACACUACCAUUUUUAAUAUUUUACCCAAUAUGGAUCUAUAUCUGGAUAGGAAUUUACGGUUUUUGGGAACACUAUGAAGGAGGAUUCAUCGGUGUAGCGGUAAUUGGAAUCAUGCAAGUUCUUUGCUGCUUAGCAUGCUAUUGGUCUGUCCAUGUUAACUGUUUUUUCUCCUGUAAAAAGGAAAAAGAUCCCUUGAAGGCUAAUAUUGUAAAGGUAAUUCCCACGCCCAACAAUGGGAAAUCAGAAUUGGUGUUUUUAAAAAAAAUUAAACAGCACAAUGAUGACUGGCUUAUUUGGUUCAUAUUUCAACAAACCAAAUAUAUAUGGGACCCUGACAAAAAAAUGUUUCGAGGAGUUGAAUUUCCUGUCAACAGAUCAUUCAUGGAAUAUAUGUCUUGCAAAGGUUUCCAAGAAGAAGACGAUGUCAAAGAAGCUGAGCUACUUUAUGGCAAAAAUAAUCUUGAAAUGGUGGUUCCUGAAUUUAUGGAACUAUUCACUGAAAGAGCAACAGCUCCAUUUUUUGUUUUUCAAGUAUUUUGUGUGGCCCUUUGGUGUUUAGACAAAUACUGGUAUUAUUCAAUAUUUACUCUUGUCAUGUUAGUUCUAUUUGAGUGUACUCUGGUUCAACAACAGUUAAGGAAUAUGGCAGAAAUACAUAAAAUGGGUAACAAACCUUACAGUAUAUUGGUCUAUAGAAACCGUAGGUGGAGAUUAAUGUUGACUUGUGAACUUAUUCCUGGUGAUAUUAUAUCAGUAACUCGUUCUCAAAAAGAAAAUUUGAUACCCUGCGAUGUUUUGCUAUUAAGGGGCUCAUGUAUUGUAGACGAGAGUAUGUUAACUGGGGAGUCUGUUCCUCAAAUGAAGGAGGCUAUUGAAAGUGGUUGUGAUCUCUCAAAAGUCUUGGAUCCUGACACUGAUGGGAAAAUUCAUGUUCUCUUUGGUGGUACAAAAGUUGUUCAACACACACCACCUACCAAAGCCACCACUGGCCUUCGGCCUCAAGAUAAUGGAUGUGUCGCUUAUGUCUUAAGAACGGGUUUUAAUACCUCCCAAGGAAAAUUGUUGAGGACUAUAUUGUUUGGUGUCAAAAGAGUUACGGCUAACAAUAAGGAGACGUUUGGGUUCAUUAUGUUUUUACUAAUUUUUGCUGUUGCUGCUGCAGCUUAUGUGUGGAAAAAGGGGGUUGAAGAUCCAGAAAGAAGUCGUUACCAAUUGUUUUUAGAAUGUACUUUAAUAUUAACCUCAGUUAUACCCCCGGAGUUGCCCAUAGAAUUAUCUCUUGCUGUCAAUACUUCCCUCUUGGCUUUAUCCAAGUUGGGUGUUUACUGUACCGAACCGUUUCGUAUACCUUUUGCCGGAAAAGUUGAUAUAUGUUGCUUUGAUAAAACUGGCACGUUAACCAGUGAUAAUUUAGUUGUGGAAGGAGUAGCUUUGGCGGAGAAUGACUCCAAAGUUACCCCAAUAUUCAAGAUACCUAUGGAAACUGUGCACGUGUUAGCCUCGUGCCAUUCUUUAGCACAAUUAGAUGACGGUUUGGUAGGUGAUCCCUUAGAAAAGGCCACCAUUACCGCCAUUGACUGGACGGUGACCAAGGCGGACUGUAUGAUUCCGAAAAAAGGCAAAUCACCUGGUUUGAAAAUUUUUUUCCGCCAUCAUUUUUCAUCCGCCUUGAAACGUAUGUCAGUUAUUGCCGGAUAUAAUCCACAUGGAUCAACAGACACAGUUUAUAUUUCGGCUGUGAAAGGAGCACCUGAAGUUCUCAAGACUAUGUACGCAAAGGUUCCCCCAAAAUAUGACGAAGUCUACCUAGAACUUUCCAGGAGAGGAGCUAGAGUGUUAGCUCUUGGUUACAAAGAAAUCGGUCAACUAUCUAGUCAAGAACUUCGCGAUUUGUCGCGAGAAGACAUUGAAAAGGACCUUCGUUUUGUCGGAUUCGUUAUUAUAUCGUGUCCAUUGAAAAGCGACUCUAAAAACGUGAUCAAAGAACUUCAGUAUGCUUCGCAUAGAGUGGUGAUGAUUACCGGCGAUAAUCCUUUAACUGCGUGUCACGUGGCAAAUGAAUUAAAAUUUAUAUCGAAACCGCUGCUGAUAUUAAAUGAGAAAUCAAGCCAAGAAUUUAUGUGGGAAAGUGUUUACCAAAACGGUAACCUGUUGCCGGUCGACCACGAUUACAAGGCGUUAAUUAAAAAAUACGAUUUAUGUAUUAGCGGAGACGGUCUGAACCACCUACGGGACAACUACCUCAAUUUCCUCAAUCUAAUACUACCACACAUAACCGUGUUUGCCAGAUUCGCACCAAAGCAGAAAGAAUAUGUUAUCGUUCAACUGAAAACUUUAGGUUACGUUACGCUAAUGUGUGGAGACGGUACUAACGAUGUCGGGGCAUUAAAACAUGCGGACGUGGGCGUGGCAAUAUUGGCUAACGCGCCGGAGAAAUUGCCCGAUCUGAAGGAACAGAAAGAGCGGGAAAGAAAACAUAGGGAAACGAGGGAGCAAGUACUGGCGAGAACCGGCAGACCAAAUCAUGUAAGACCGCUAAUGGAACAGAGAGAUCGGUUGCAGGGCAAAAUGAAUAAGUUGAUGAAGGAACUGGAAGAAGAGGAUCAGCCCCAAGUGGUAAAAUUGGGCGACGCUAGUAUCGCCUCACCUUUUACUAGUCGGUUGUCUUCAAUUAUGUGCAUUUGCCAUAUAAUCAAGCAGGGGCGGUGCACUCUGGUCACUACCCUGCAGAUGUUCAAAAUUUUGGCAUUGAACGCACUGAUUUUGGCAUACACCCAAUCUGUACUCUACUUGGACGGCAUCAAACUGAGGGAUAUGCAAGCCACCUUGCAGGGGUUUUUACUAGCGUCUUGUUUUCUGUUUAUUUCACGAUCCAAGCCUCUUAAGACAUUAUCAAAACAGAGACCCCUGCCGAACAUUUUCAAUUUUUACACUAUUCUAACGGUUCUCCUGCAGUUUGCGGUCCAUUUUGUGUGCUUAAUAUUUUUGGUUCAUCAAGCGAAAUCACAAAUGCCCGCUACCGAGGAGCAGCAUAACUCCACUGAGCCAAUUAAAAAAUUAACUGAAGAGGAGGAGGAGGCACUUUUCGAGCCAAAUAUUGUAAAUAGCACCGUUUAUAUUAUAUCGAUGGCUCUACAAAUAUCUACAUUUGCAAUUAAUUAUAGGGGUAAUCCUUAUAUGGAAAGUUUGAAACAGAAUAAAGCACUGCUGUAUAGUAUUUUAAUUUCGGGGGGUGUGGUUUUGGCGCUGACGUUGGGUCUGAUGCCUGAACUUUCUGCCCAAUUUGAGCUCAUUGAUUUUCCACCCGACUUCAAGGUGACGUUGGUGCAAGUAUUAUUUGCAGAUUUCUUCUUUUCAUACUUUGUCGAUCGAGUGUGUCUAUGGAUUUGUGGUGAAGGUCGGGUGAAACUGUCGUAGUCAAACCCGGUUUUAAAUUAAUUUAUUCAGUGCA